AUGUAUCACCGUAUUGCUGGAAUUCGCUUGGAGGCUUAUCGGACGAUGUAUCGUGAGCAGAUGUCAUCGAUUCGUCGAGAACUACAGCAAAUUGGUGUUCCACAAGCAAAAAUUCUAUCUAUAAAUGCAACUCAUGUUGCUAUGCUUGAUAAUAUCAAUCACAUCAUUCAGCUUGCUAAAAAUGAGCGUAGACCUACUGCCUCGCAUAAUGGUUGGAUGCCGAAUACACCGGUCACGCCAUGUGCUCCAUCUCCACCUCCAUAUGUAAAGGAUGUCGAGCCUCCUUCUCGUGAAACGACUAUAUGCCAGGAUACAGCCCCUCAAUCACUCAAUGAUGUGACAAGCGAUUGUGGCGAUGAGUGGCAUGAUGCAGACGAACAUUCAUCACUUUCACUUGAUAGUGCUGAAGAGGCAAUAGAACGGCGAACACCACCCGGUGUUGGAGCGGUCGUAGAAGUGGCCGCUGCUCCGCAGGCAAUGAAUGAAGUCGAGCAGAAGAAACCCGCACGAACAUUGCUAUUUGGAGAUUAUGACAAUAUACUGAUUCCUAAAACUCAUGUGUAUUAUGACUUAGUGGACCAUUUAGCUAAAGAGCAGCUCAGGUAUGCCUUAGCCGGUGUUGAAGAUAACGUGUGGACCCUUUUCGCUGAAGAUGGUGCUAUGAAAAUGUAUACCCGUGAAGAAACAGUCGAUGGUGGAUUGCCGAUAGAUCCCCUCAAAGCUGUUCAUCAAGUGCAGGGAGUUUCUGCUCUCGAAUUCAUGCACUACUUCUUCGACGAUAAGUACAAAAUGGAUUGGGACCACACUCUCAAUGGCAUGCAAGUGAUAGAAAGAAUAAGUCGUGAUACACUGGUCAUUCAUCAAAAGCACAAAACAAUAUUUGGCCGCUUGCUGCUCGAGAAUUCGCUGUUCGUGUCGCCUCACUUCCUCAGUGUCCCAUUAUUCGUCGGGUUGUAUGAACUGAAGAGCCAUAGAUUGCUCAUGAUCUUUAUAUUGUCUGCAACAAAGAUGUAA